AUGUCCCUACACCACCCCACCAUCGCUGUCUCAGCUCCCGGCAAGGUCUUCCUCGCUGGCGGAUACCUCGUACUGGAUCAGGAGUACACGGCUUUUGUAUUCGGCCUCGACGCUCGUAUCAACAUUAUUGCUGGAGACAUUCACACGACUGCUGGUGUUCAGCUCACUGAGAUUGUGGUUGACAGCCCGCAAUUCCUCGAGGCACAGUGGCGGUAUGGUUACCACCUGGCUGGUGAGGGAGGUGGUAUCAAAGUUACCCAGUUGCAGGUUAGCGGAGCACAAAUCAACCCCAAUCCCUUCGUGGAGACAACUCUCAGCUAUGCACUCACCUACAUCGACCGACUGGCCAAGCACCGUCCCAGUCACAGCAUGGCAUCUGCUCGCCUCAUCAUUCUCGCAGACAAUGAUUACUACUCGCACUCUGAAUCCGAGAGCACACGCCAAGGGCGCUUUGCCAAGUUCCCUGUGACCUUGGGAGACGCUAACAAGACAGGUCUUGGCUCAUCUGCUGCUCUCGUCACUUCACUGACUGCUGCCCUACUGGCUCACUACCUACCACAAGACCUCUUCAAUAUUCAGUCUGACCAGGGCAAGAGGACGCUUCACAACCUGGCUCAGGCUGCCCAUUGUGCUGCGCAAGGUAAGGUCGGUUCGGGAUUCGACGUUGCAACCGCUGUCUACGGAUCCUGCAGAUACAGGCGCUUCUCUCCCGAGACACUGUCUUCAAUUCCCGAGCCCGGUGCGGCCGGAUUCGCAGACGCGUUGGUCAAGCUCGUUGACGGCGAGUCUGCUUGGGAUGUAGAGGUUCUCAAGGAUGCAGUCAUCAUGCCCAAGGGUGUUGUUCUGCGUAUGUGCGAUGUGGACUGUGGAAGCAAGACGGUUGGUAUGGUCAAGAAGGUCCUCAAGUGGAGGUCAUCAAACCCAGAAGAGUCAAAAAAGCUUUGGGAUGAGCUCCAGAAGCGCAAUGAGCAGUUGAUUGCUACUCUGAAUGCUGGCGACGUCGAGAAUCUGCCGGGGAAGAUCACAGCUGUUCGAGAAAUGAUUAGACAAAUGGGUAGCGCCAGCGACGUCCCCAUCGAGCCCGAGAGCCAGACAGAGCUCCUCGACGCCGUCAGCACCGUCGAGGGGGUCUACGGUGGUGUCGUCCCUGGUGCGGGCGGCUACGAUGCACUGGCUCUCCUGAUGAAGGAUGAUGAGGAGACGAAGCAGCGAGUUGAGGAGUUCUUGGACAAGUGGGCUAAGGAGAAGGGUACAAAGGUCAAGCUACUAGGCGUCAAGGGGGAGAUGGAGGGAGUUCGCUCCGAGAGUCUGGACGUUUACGCCGGUUGGAUCUAA